ACUCCUAACCCCAUUGUCCCAAAAAAAUCACACCAAAACGAAGAAGAAAUGGCUCCAAAUUCACGAGCUUCUGCAGUCAAUCGCCAAUGGCUUCCCUUUCAUCGCUGUACGUUUCCUCCUCCUCCUCAUCCCCUCUUCCACCUCACCGCAAUUUGAACUCCUUUUUCCGCCAUGGAAGCAAUCUCCCAAACCCUACAAGAAGCAGCAGCAGCAGCACCAGACGAAGCAGAUCCACAAUCUCGCUCUCCUUCCGUACCUCCUACCGAUUCUCUGUCGAUCACGAAGACGAAGACGAGGAGGAGGAUCAGAUCGCUAGAGAUUCCUGCUUCGACGAAGCGGUCGAUCUCUUCAAUCGAGGGGCAUAUUACGAUUGCCACGACGUGCUCGAGAUUCUGUGGAACGGAGCCGAAGACCCUACCAGAACCCUAAUCCAUGGCAUUCUUCAGUGCGCCGUGGGGCUUCAUCACCUCUUCAAUCGGAACCAUAAAGGGGCGAUGAUGGAGCUGGGAGAGGGGCUGUGUAAGCUACGGAAGAUGGAGUUUAGAAGUGGCCCUUUCUUUACUUUUGAGAGGGAGAUUUCUGCAGUUCUGGACUUCGUUUACCAGACCCAGAUUGAAUUAGCUGCUU